UUUCCAAUUUUUUGUCUCUUUCUUUUAUAAAUUGUCAUCAUGGCCGAAACCAAAGCUGUCAAAGCUGAGGCUCCAAAAAAGCUUCCUGCAGUACCUGAAUCAAUCCUCAAGAGGAAACUUCGCCGUACAACCCAAAAGGCUCAACGUCUUCAGGUUUCCAUCAAGGCUCGUGCUGCUCACUACAAAAAGAGAACAGAGUACUUUAAACGUGCUGAAAAAUACGCAAAAGAGUACAGACAAAAAGAACGUAAUGAAAUUCGUUUACAAAGACAAGCAAAAACAAAAGGAAAUUUCUAUAUUCCUGCUGAAGCUAAACUUGCUUUUGUCAUACGUAUUCGUGGUGUAAACCAAAUUGCACCAAAACCAAGGAAGAUUCUUCAGUUGUUUAGAUUGAAACAAAUUAACAAUGGUGUCUUUGUAAAAUUGAACAAAGCCACAAUUAAUAUGCUGAGAAUGAUUGAACCCUAUAUCACAUGGGGUUAUCCAAAUCUUAAAUCAGUCAAAGAAUUAAUUUACAAACGUGGAUUUGCUAAAAUUGAUCGUCAAAGAAUUCCCAUCACUUCAAAUAGUCUCAUUCAAAAGAAAUUGGGACGUGCUGAUAUCAUCUGCACUGAAGAUUUAAUCCACGAAAUUGUCACUGUUGGUAAAAAUUUCAAAUAUGCCAGCAACUAUCUUUGGCCAUUCAAGCUCAAUACACCAACUGGAGGAUGGAGAAAAAAGACCAACCACUAUGUUGAAGGUGGUGACUUUGGUAAUCGUGAAGAUCGUAUCAAUGAACUCCUCAGACGAAUGGUUUAAAAAAAUUUGGAAUUACAAUUGCCAGAUGAUUUAUUGCCAAUUUCAAAGUGUACAUCUUUAAAUAAAAUUAAAUAAAUUAUUAUUUCAUACAUUUUUUGAAUUAAUAUUUAAUAUUUUCAAUUGUGUUGUUGUUUUUUUUU